AUGGUUGGUAAGCCAGAAGACGAAAACUGUAAGUUUGCCUUUCAGUAUAAUAUGAGGAUGAUUGGUAUUUAUAGUAGAGUAGGGUAUAGUAGGCUAUAGUUAAGCAGAGUAGAGUAUGGUAGAAUAGAAUAGGGUAACAUAGAUAACGUAGAGUAAAAUAGGGUACAGCGAGGUUAGAGUUUGGUAGGGGUAGAAUUUCAAAGAUUUUCGGGUUUAAAAUAAAAAAUUAAUUUUUUAAAAUAAUAAAAUUUCCUUAAGAUAAUAUCAGAAAAUUUUUUAUAGGUACCAGUGACCCAUCGUCACUUCCAUUUCUUGACGACACGAAUAAGAGUGAGGACGUUCAAAUUACAAGGACAAUCAACGUACCAGAGACGCCAACAACAGACAAUUCGCGUAAAAGCGGCGAUGACUCACAACAUCGGAAGGUCAGUGCACAAAGUCCAAACCACGGACGUGCGGGCGGAUCACUUCCAUUGUAAGUAUUUCAAAUUACAGUAAAAGUCAGGUUUAAUAAUUUUUUAAAAGGUUUGAGUCUUAAAUUUGUUAAAAGGUUAAUUUUUAAUCCCUAAAAACGCUCUGAAAAAAAUUAUUUUUUUUAUUUUAAAGUUUACCGAGAAAACCAUUUUUUAAAGAUGCGAAAGAUAUAAAAAAGCCAUAAAUUUAAUUAUUUAGGGUGCGUUUCGCUGCUACAAGGAGGAAUUGUUGGACUGACCGAAGGAGCGGUCUUCUAACAGAACCCGAACGAAAAAGUGCUCAGAAACUACAGAUCAAUCACAGAAUACUCAGAGUUUUUCGAUUCAUCUCAUACGACAUUUGCGAGGUACAGAUGCCGUCAGAAGACAACAUCGAAGCCGACAUCAAACUGCAAAGCCCAAUUCGUCGCUCCAACUGA